GUAUAUCGUUGUUCUUGUUGUAGCUUUACCGCUUCCUCGCUAGACGUACGAAUUCCAAGUUCAAUGAGAUCAUUCUCAAGAGGCUUUUUAUGAGCAAGAUACAUCAGCCACCAAUAUCUCUUGCACGUGUGGUCAGGUUUAUGAAGAAACCUGGUCGGGAAAAUGCCAUUGCGGUAAUCGUUGGCACAGUAACAGAUGAUGCUAGGAUUUUUGAAAUUCCUAAAUUGACAGUCUGUGCUUUACGCGUUACUGAGAAAGCUAGAGCACGUAUAUUAAAGGCUGGAGGUGAAUUGAUCACUUUUGAUCAAUUGGCAUUACGUGCACCUACAGGAAGGCGGACAGUUUUGAUGCAGGGUCGCCGCAAUGCCCGUGAGGCAGUGAAACACUUCGGACCUGCACCCGGUGUACCACAUUCUCACACCAAACCACUGGUUCGGUCUAAAGGUCGCAAGUUUGAGCGAGCAAGGGGACGUAGGCGUAGCUGUGGUUAUAAGAAAUAAAUUUUGUUUAUUCGCCAUAAUUUAUUAAACCAUCGCCUUAAAUUGA